GAUUUACAGAUUUGGUUUAAUGGGCGGGAUCAACUACACAUCAUGUUAGUCUGCGUUCUAUAUAUCCAGACGUCGGCAACUAGCAUAACUAGUUAGCUAGGCUUAUCGUAGGCAGAUGGAAGUGCCAGAGAGUAAUUUAAUAUUACAGGACAAAUAGAAAACCAUAACAGUGUUCAUGAUUUUGUACGCUUAGCUACUCACAUCGUAUCCAUAAACCAACAUUUCGACGACAAGGCUCAAAUUCUUUCUGAAUUUGGGGUCAUUAAAUGGAGGAGAAGAAAGAAGACGGAGAUUCGGAAAUACAGGAACACGGACCCGAGCACUGGUUCUCAAAAUGGGAGCGGCAGUGUUUGGCCGAAGCGGAGCAGAGGGAGCUAAGCGAGGAGGAGGCCGACAACGACCAGGAUAAACUGUGGCAUCUGUUUCAGAACUCCGCUACUGCUGUCGCACAGUUAUAUAAAGACAGGGUUUGCCAUCAGCAGGGCCUGUCAUUGUGGGUGCCAUUUCAGAAUGCAGCUACAGCAGUGACCAACCUUUACAAAGAGAGCGUGGAGGCCCACCAGAGAAGUUUUGAUCGGGGUAUCCAGAUUGGCCACCAACGCCGAAAUAAGGACAUGUUGGCAUGGGUGAAAAAGCGCAGAAGAACCAUCAGAAGAGAGGAUCUCAUUAGUUUCCUGUGCGGCAAAGCGCCUCCUCAUAGGAGCAGCAGGACCAACUCUCGGCUGGCUGUGGUGGCCCCCAGCCGGGCCAAUUCACCCGUGGAGACCGGCUCAUCUGUGGAGGCCGACCUGGAGCCCUUCAGGGAGGCCAUAGCCCUGCAUGGUCUCAGUGGGGCCAUGGCGAGCAUCAGCGUGCGCUCCGGUGCGCCGGGCUCCCCCACGCACGUGAGCGGAAGCAGCAGUAAUGCGGGCGGCGCCGGCGGAGGGGGCUCCUCCGGCUCCGGCUCGGUGUGUCGCGGCAGGCGCAACGGCCUCCAGGACGUGGACCUGAACACUUUCAUCUCAGAGGAGAUGGCACUGCAUCUAGACUCUACAGGCUCCGCCUCCGCCGGAGGGGGAGGGACCAGGAAACGAAACUCCACCCAGUGUAGUGAUGUAAUCACAGACUCUCCCACGCACAAACGCAACAGGAUGAUCUGACGUGCCGCUUGGCCACAUUGAGGAGGUGGGGGUGGGGUGAGUUGUUGAAGCCACUUCCAUUAGAGUGUGUGUGUGUGUUGGGGGGGUCCUAAUGUGGUACAAAUGCACCUGUGUACAGAAAGACACGCAUGGAAUGAAAGAGAAAACCACACCCACUGUGGGGUUUUCUCCAUUUAGUCUCCUUUUGUCAACACUAAAAGAACAAAUACACAAUCAGUGUGUGUUUGUGUGUGCGCACCAGCACACACUCCUCACACCUCACAAAGGAGACGACGAAAAAGCUCUUAAGGAUGCAGACAGCGCUCCGUGGGUGAAAACAGACCAUGCUGCUAGACAAACAAAAAGCCACUUGGAGGUCGGACGCGCCCGCCCCUCACCCCCCCUCCCACCGCCAUCCUCACCCACCACCUUAAAUAAGGAAGCGAGGGCCAUGACCAGCUCAUUUCAUUGGACAGCCCCGUCGUCUGUUACGUCAUCAUUUCAGCUCCUUGACGAUGUCACCAUGGAGAUCGUGUGACGGCGUCCAGCAGCAGACUCCUCUUCUCGCCACUUUUGCUUCAGUCCGUUUUUGUUUUGUAAACUACCAGUGUUAACAUUAUUUGUUUGUUGCAAUCGUUUGCAGCAACAGUUCAGUUUGCAUUCAAGUUUUUUUUUUUUUUUUUUAAGAAACUCUUCAGUGUCCACAGCUUCUGAGACUGCCCACUUGUUUACUGUGAUGCUCUCUGUCCAUUCACCCUUAGCGAAAGCAGCUGCUGCUUUUUGUGGUCGUAUGAUGAGUUGCAAUAAUUAUUUUUUUUUGCACUUAGUGUUUCCAUCUCUAAACUCAUGCAAACAAAUCAGCUCUUCCAUUGUGUUCUGCUUUUCUAGUCCCAAGCAGACCUGCUUGUGUUCAGGUGCUGAAGCAACAAAACGUAUAUCUCAGUAAUUCCUCAAAAAGAUUUAUUUUAAAGCCUUUCCUUAUUAAUGUUUGAAGACUUUAAAUAUAAUUUAACUUAUUGAAAAAAAUAAUUGGUGCUUAGAGGAAACUUUAAAAAAUCCCAUAAUUUCUUUUUUUUUUGUCAACAUUGGAAUGUGAUUGGAGGACCACCCCAUCAGAUACUGAUGAAUCAGGUGUUGAAGGGCGUGUGUGCAUUAUUAAAGAUGUGGUGGGGUUUGGUACAGAGCGACAGCUGCAGACAGAUGCCUUUCAUGAAGUCGUAUCGUCAGAGAAAACGGUCCAUUUUGGGUGUUUUAGGCAAUCAAGAUGAUGUGAAGCACCCCUUUGCACAUGUGUUUGGCAUCUUUAGCAGCUUAAACCAACAAGGAUCAAAUCUUUUCAAAAUAAGAUGAUACAUAGGCCGACAUGCUUCUAAAAGCAUACCCAUAAUUUACAUAAAAGCUGACUUGUGAUGCUUUAAAGUUUUUAUUUUUUUUUCCCCACCCUCAUGUUAAUGUUCAUGUUUAUGGUCUGAGCUUUCGAAGCAUGCCGGUUGUGAUCUUCUGUUACUCGUGCUCAAACAUGGCGGUUGGCUCUGCUCAUCUCAAAGAUUUGUUUGUUCUUCGUCAUCAGGUUGGAAUUUGUUCAAGAUUUUCUUCUGGUUGUAAAUGGAACUCGUUGAGAUUAUUUAAAAGAAAAAAAAACUGAAAAAGUAACGUUUUUUUUUGUUUGCUGGGGUCAGCCUUAGCCAGCUUUGGUAUAGGAAAUUUCCCACAAUGCAUUUCUAGUUUUGUGUCCUAACACUCUUCUUUGUGACGAAGUGUAUAUGCAGGUUCAUAUGAGGGCAAUCAAAAAAAAUUAAUUGAAGGAAAUUGUUUAAAAAGCUGAAGGAGUUUCUCCCGAGUCACUCUAGCCACUUCAGCACUAUUGUUACAAAAACCCGCUGACUCAAGCCACAUGUCUGUGAAGCCAAAUGCUUCUUAAAUUUUCAGAUUUUUAAAAUUUUCAUCCAACAAAUGUCUAAACUGAAUAUUGAACGCUCAGUUGAACGUCUGGAUAAAGUUGCAUUCAAAUGGAUUUCCAGUCUGUUCUCAAAAUCUCAUUGUUAUGGGAAAAAUGUCUAAGUGUUCAAAUCUUUUCCAACCAACGAUGAUAAGAUUAAUAAAUCCUGAUGAAGGCAAA